CGGACUCUAGCGCGACUUAACCUACAGCGACUACGCGUUACUUCGCGAUCGAGAUGUUUCUCUCUGCGUCGUUUUAAAUAAUACUUAAUAAAACGUCGACUGUCUUCGAAGUGAAAUGAAGUUUCAAAACCGCCAAGUGACAUGGUCCACCCUGGAGCUCACCGGACUCCUGGAGGACGAGGAUUCUCACGUGCACUUCACGAGGGCCGUCAAGCAUCUCGCGUUGCAUCCGUACCACUUGAAUAAUGUUCAGCGGGGUCUUAACCAGAUUUUGAGAUCGUCGUUGAAUUCCUACGACAGAGAAUUAAAAGGGUUUGUGCUGGCUUUUAGAAAUCCUAAAUUGCUUAGCAAUUUGGGAAAAAUGCUGUACGACUCUCCCUUCAUUCAUAUUGACAUUGAAGUAGAUUUUUAUCUGUUUUGUCCAACGGUCGGAUCUUUUCUAAAAGGGAUAGUGAAGAAGAAGGGCUUUGACCAUAUCGUAGUGCUCGUGCACAAAAUAUAUACUGUAUCUAUUCCGAAACCAGACGAUACGGAAGAAUGGAUAGGUGAAUCGGUCGAGAUUGGGCAGGAAGUGAAAUGCUGCGUAACUCAAAUAGAUAACAGGAGCAAACCCCCUUUCAUCUGCGCUACUUUGAGGUCCGAUUACUCACAAGGUUGUAGAUUAUCAGAAAGCAUAAUAAAUAAUAUUGAUAGCGUGGACAGUGCAAUUGGAAGUAUGAAGGGCGCUAUAAAGAUCGAUGUUUCGGCUAAUGGAGUGCCAGAAGACGGUAGUGUUUCUGAGACAGAGAGGAAAAAGCAUCGGAAGAAACACAAGAAGUCUCGUGAAAACAAUUCAAGCAUUGCCUGUAAAGUUGAAAAUGAAUCGGAGUCAAACGAUAACUUGGGAAAUGAUAUUUCUAGAAUUGUCAAAUCCGAGAAGAAACCGCAUCAUCAUAGUAUGCAAGAUACUAUAUUAAAUACUGACGAUUCUUUGAAUAAUUUGGAAGUUGAUAAUAGCUCUAAAAAACAUAAGAAAAGUAAGAAAACGUCCAAGUUACUGGUUAAUGAUGAUACAAUUUUGGAUGAAGCUGCACAGUCACGUAAAGCUGUGAAGAGAGAAAAUUCCAUUCCAUUAGAUAGCAUUACUGAAACAGAGACGAAGAAGAGAAAGAAACAUGCAAAGAAAUCUAGAGAAUUUGAUUCAGAGAACGAAGAAAAAUUAAUUAAUACAGAUAACAUCACUUUCAGAUGUAUUAAAACUGAAAGAGUAGAGCAUUUAGAUAGUGUUUCUGAAACAGAGACGAAAAAGAGAAAGAAACACGCGAAGAAAUCUAGAGAACUUGACUCAGAGAACGAAGGAAAAGUAAUUAAUAAUACGGAGAACACUAUUUCCAGAUACAUCAAAUCUGAAAAAGAAGAGCAAUCAGAUAGCGUUACUGAAACAGAGACGAAAAAGAGAAAAAAACAUGCGAAGAAAUCUAGAGAGAACGAAGAAGAAGUAACUAAUAAUACAGAGAACACUAUUUCCAGAACUAUUAAAUCUGAAAAAGAAGACCAACAUACGGAUAAGAAGCAUAUUAUAUCAAAUGCCGACCUUUCUUCAAGUAAUUUAGAAGAUAGCGUAUCCAAAAAACACAAGAAACACAAGAAGGCAUCUAUGGAAAUGUCAGAUUCGGAAUCAAAAGGUCACUUUGUUAAAAUAAAGAUUGAAAAGCAAGAUCCAAUUGUAGAGAGAAUUAUAAACGAAAGCCAAACGUCAAGUAACGAGACUCAAAACAUGCAAAAUUUAAGUAAAAAUUUAGAAAUGCCUAAAUUUAUAAAAAGAGAAGUUUCCAUUGAAUAUGAUUCUUUUGAAAAAGAGAGGAAAAAGAGUUCUAAGAAACACACGGUAACUUCAACAGACUCACAGUUGAAAUCUAUUAAAAUUAAAACUGAAGACUGGACAUGAUCAACUAUGUUAUGAAAUAACAGGAUUAUAGCAACAGCAUAUAAUACGAAACAUAAAAACAUUUUAUUCAUAGAUACAAAUUAUUGUAAUGUACACGUUGUAAUUGUCGUGUACUCUGUGAAAUGGGAAACAUUUAAAGAUUUAAAGUUGUGUAUUACAUCGUAUAUCAGCUGGAGAGAUUACGAAUUAUACACAUUCGAUUUAUUCCAAUUUUUUUUUUUUAUUAUUUUUCUUAAGCAAUUCUAACAAAUAUACGAGUAUUUAUAAACAGUUAUGUAUAGAUUUCGAUCUUUUGCAAUUAUGAGGAAUUCUCUCUAUUAAACAUCUAACAACGAUUUGUACUUAGAAGAUAUUAACACCGUUAAUAUCUGGCCGAUUUAUCUGAACAUCGAUAAAUCAUCGCGUAUCGGAGUACACGAUA